CUUCGGUUUUUUUUCUUGACCCAUUAUAGUAUAAUGUUUCCACGCAACGCAGUUAAUAUUUCCUUAGUUUUUUCACUCAUUGUACAUAUUAAGUCCUGUUGCUAACAUAUUGUGUUUCUCGGUGCGAUAUGAUUUCGGUUUUAGAAUACUAAUUAAAUGUGCAUUUAAUAAACGCGUUGCAUUAUUCAUCGGUCCGCAGUGUUAAUCGCCUCAAUUAAUAAUAUGUCACAAAAGAAAUCCCAACACUUUGAGUCGGUAGUGCAUUCCGAUCGGUCGGCCGUUUUAGUAAUUUUAUCAUCAUGCAUUCAUUGACCAAUACAUCAAUGUUGGCAGAUACUCAAAUAGUUUCAUUGAACUGUUGGGCUCGUACAAGACGUUGAGUUGCUCUCCAAUUCGUUUUGACGAAAAAGAAAAAAUUAUAUUGACUUCGAGUAGGUCAAAAGACCCAAUCAAAUAUAAAGUACGAACUCAAUUGAAAUUCUACCGCAAAUUGCAAGAAGUACAGUGCAUAGAGUAUUUUAUGUUAUAUAAUAACUUAUAUGACACCGAUCGGAAUCUGGAACAUAUUACUCUGCGUGUAUACAAUAUGAUAAAGAUGGCAUACUUGGGAAAAUUCGUGAUUUUCGCAUGGGUUUUAAAAUUACAUAUCCACCUUUUGAAACCAGAGACUUUGGACCGCGAGACAUGGAUAGCGCAGUUAACGAGAGGAGGCUUGCGUGAUCUAGACCAGUAUAAAACAUCCUUAGGUGAAUUGGUUAACAUGUGUAUAAAACAUAAAUACAUAGAGAAAAGAAGGUGGCAAAUUGAAUGGAUCAAAAACAUUUCGGAACAUGAUAAUUUUAACACCCAACUCCAUAAAGAUUUUAAUAGUAAUAUAAGUCCAUUGCCCCUCUCUUUCGACCAACUAUACUUGGGAAAUAUUACACGGUGCAAGCAUCAGAUUGAACCGUUAACUAGUGUUAGUAUCGGAUGGAAUAAGAUAAAUCUUCUAUUUCAAAAUAAGAUUAUUAAGAUCACCGAACAGCUGUCAACUCAAGACUGGAUAAGAGAUCCGUUAAAAAACUUAGGACUCCAACAGAUGUUUUUAGAUAUCGUUAGGUCAAGGCUAUAUUGUUUUGUUUGGGUACAACUCAUUGCUUAUCAAAAGGUGGACUACUCUAAUUAUAAUAAUCGUCUUGAUUACUUUUAUCGCCUUGAUUUUUUUAUGUCACUGAUAACCAACAUUUUUAAGUUGAUUAACAUUGAAGAUCAAACAUUAAAUGAAGUAUUAACGUUGUAUAGUACUCUUAAUAAAGUUGAAUCUAAUCACGAGCACAUUGAAAAACUUUUGACAAGAAUGACAAUUGAAGUAAAUAACCUUUAUCAAAAAAUGUAUUCAUUACAAAUAUAUAAAACUGAUGUAUUGGUCGACAUAUCACACGAUGAUUUAAGAACCGAACGCGCGUUUGAUUUAUAUCUGGAUAACAUUGAAAAAAAAUUUCAAGAAUUCGGAGACUUAUUCAUAACAACAGCAGAUGGAUUUUCAUUUAGUUUUUUAUUAUUCUUUAUCAACGGAAGUAAUAACACUAAGCUCAUCUUUUUUCCCUCGGAAAACUUUAUAAGUUGUAAUAAUAUUGUAUGCAAAUCGCAAUACUGCUAA